GAACCGGUUCUUCCCGCUUUUUUCUUUUCAGUGCGCUCGUCUGCUUUCGUUAGCGUGACUGUGUUUCACAAGCGUGUAUAUGUAUGUUUUUUUAUUUUUUGCUGCCCCCCCCCCCUCCCGCAGUUGUUCGAGACUGUGCUGGCAGAAGCAAUUGCGUGAGGAGGAGGCAGACUGUCGUCUGAUAGCGGAGUUGCUGUGCGUCUUAGCAACGAACGGGCGAAAGGCAUGCUGGGAAGAGUGCGAGGUGUGCGUAAGCUGUCAUAGGUAAACAAUGGGCGUAUGGAGAUGACAUGGUCGCCGCUGCCGAAACUUUCCAGGGGAAACUGAUCUCUGAAGGAAUUUGUGGAACCGACCGCCGCUUGAUUAUUCUGGAUUACGAUGCACCAUGCAAAAUUCCAUCCAGAACAGACCGGGAAACAGAGUGAUAACCUUGACGACGAUGCAUCAUUGCAAGCCACGGAAUGCGGUGGCCCCCAUAAGCCUGCGGAGGAGGGAAUACUGUUACACCCUGGAGCCUCUGUCAAGAGCAGUCCGCAAGAGGCCACCAUCACUCAACCACUACCUCUACCACCUACGGCCCCAGGUGCAUACUUCCACUUGCUGACAGCAGUGAAACGACUUGCACCUGAGGAAGCUCACCCGCUGGUAAAGACGAAUGUGAAGAAAUUCCUUCGUGAGAAGCUAAGUGAUCUGCGACGUCCCACAAAGUUGCCGUCCCAGAAAAACUGGAUGAGCAACAGUAUGUCAACAUCCUGCCAUCCAUCGAAGUAAGAUGGGCCAGACCUAGUACUGACUGCGAUGUUUGCCGCCAGUCAGGGGCUUAUCGAACAGCACAGAAGAUUGGUUGCAAGUUGCAAUCACUGUAAAUUCUUCAGUUUAACUUUCUGUGCAGCCUAGUCCCCCUGUUCCCCUCUUACACUGUGAUGGCUGGUUGACAGAAGCCAGUGCGUACACAGUUCUACUCUGUAUACAGCUGCCUUUUUCUAAUCUCAACAUGCUCUACAGACUGCAGCUAAGCACCGUGUGUACUGCAGCUGCUGCUUCAUUCUUGGGGAGUACAAUUUUGAGGGUGGCCACCAUGAUGGAUAAAAACAAUGUUUUAAUAACGCAUGUGAAAAACAUUCUGAAAGGUCGUCCUGAGGAUUGCCGAAGAUUGUCUUCUUUUUUAAGUCUGUUUUCACACGUGCUGACGACAAGUGACAGCAUGUCAACAUCCUGGCACACCUCGAAAUCACAUUGGUCAGACCUGAUACUGAUUGCGGUGUUCACUGUGAUUCGGGCGCUUAUCGGAGCAGGGUGACUGUAACGGGAGAUUGGGCAUGAUUGCAUCUGUAUUGUAUGACUAAAAAACGAGAAUAUCUAAGCACUGCCUUACCACAACAAUAAGUAACAAUUUACUUCAGUCGUUCUGUUGCCCAUACGG